AUGGUGGUUAGACUAGGAAACCUCAGCGCCUUGAAGGAUUUCAUUGCCUUCCUUGCUACCGUCAGUGGUGACAUAUCGCACAUCACAGCUCCACCUUUCAUCUUAGCCCCAUCGUCCCUUACAGAAUUUCCGGCAUAUUGGGCAGAGCGACCAUCGCUGUUCACAGCCCCAAGUCGGGAGUCAUCGGCAGAAAGGCGCAUGCUCCUAGUCCUCAAGUUGUACCUCGCGUCGCUGCAACGACAGUAUUAUGUCGGACGAACCGUCAAAGAAGGAUUGAAGAAGCCUAUGAAUUCUUUCCUCGGCGAAUUGUUCUUCUGUGAAUUCAGCGACCAUGACCUGACAGCAGAGAAAGCCUCGACAUCCACAGUCAGAGUCAUCAGCGAGCAGGUAUCGCAUCAUCCACCCACAACAGCAGCAUACAUUUCGGAGGAUGAGCAUGGCGUCCACGCCCAGGCAUAUUCUACCCAAUAUACCACAUUAUCGGGGACGUCGGUAAUGAUCCGCCAGUCCGGUCACGCCGUCUUGAAAGUUGACAAGUACAAUGAGACGUACCUCCUGCCACUGCCGGAUGUACAGGCUCGGAGUGUCCUGACCGGGGCGCCGUGGCCCGAACUCAAUGACACAUAUAAGAUCGUGAGCUCCAGCGGUUUCACCGCCGAGAUGACAUUUACCGGCAAGAGAAUGUGGGGCGGUUCCCGAAAUUGCUUUCAUGCUUCGAUAUAUCGCACGGCGGACUCGCAGAAGAAUGCCAUCUUCACGGCCUCUGGCAGCUGGAGCUCCAAAUUCUCGAUCUCCAACGCGUCAGGCGAGGAGAUCGAGCUCUUCGACUUGGCAGAUGCCCAAAACCAACCGGCGCCAAUGACCGUCAAGCCGCUGGAAGAACAGUCUCCUUGGGAGGCAAGGCGUGCGUGGGGUGCCACCUUCGACGCCAUAAGAAGAGGUGAUCACGCCAAAAUUAACGGGGAGAAAUCGAAGCUCGAGAAUGCUCAGCGUCAGCUAAGAAAGCAGGAGCAGAUGGAGGGCCGGCGAUGGGAGACGAUGUUCUUUACCCGAUGCGACGCCGACGUCGACGAGGACGAUGCAGUUAAAAGACUCUUUGAUCAGCUCGACGACCAUGACGCCGAACGGAUGCGCGGAACGAAUGGGUGCUGGAGAUUCGACAAGGACAAAGAGCAAAGGUGGAGAAAUGGCCAAGGCUCCUCGAGACCAGAGACACCAUUUGGGUGA